CUUCUUCUCCCAUGAAGCCCUGCCCCUGCUGCACGGGGCGAUGGGCGAGCAGGUGCGUCAGCGGGUGCAGUGGGCCGAGGCCGGCCGCGUCCACCUCACCGUUCCGUGGCGGCCCGGGUCGCGGACGUGGACUGCGCGGCUGGCGCUGCCCGCUGUGGGGUGACGCGGCUGGGUGGCCGGCAGGUGGCGCCAGGGACCCCGAGGAGGCCGGCCAUGCCUGGGUCCGAGGCCUGCCCCAGGGCAGGGCUGCGGAGGACGGGCCGCGGGAGCUGCCGGGGCAGCUCAGCCUGUGGCUUGGCCACGGCUCUCUGCGCCUGGGCUUCCUGGUGUCGGGCGGCUGCCCCAGCCUGGAGCAGGCGGUGAGGAUGGAGGGCUGCACCCACGCCCCUUGCGUCGCCCACUGCCUCGACUCCCUGGUGGGAGACUUCCUGUGUCACCGUCACAGUGUCCAGAUCAUCCUGGGCACGGCCGGGGCCAUCCGCAGCCACUUCCAAGGCUCUGUGGAAGCCCGGCGGCUCCUGCCAGCCGCGCAGCCCUUCCUGGGGCUCUCGGAUCCCUGGGUGUCCGCCUGCCACUUGCUGGAGCGGCUGGUGGAACGGCAGCGGCUGCUGCAGGGCUACGAGGAGAGGCAGCCGCUGGGGAGGGCAGGGGCGGCCCUGUCGGCCGCGCUGUGGAGCCCGGCGGGCAGUCUGGUCAAGCUCCUGCAGCCCUUCUGGAUGGUGGUCCGGGAGGCGAACGCACGGGCCGCCUUAAGCCUGGUGCUGCCCCAGCCGCGCUACCUGCACGUCUUCCUGGCGCAGGUUCGCGGGCGCUCUGAGGAGCGGAGCACCGGCGAGAUGGGCGCGGCCGUGCAGCUGGCCGAGGACCUGGCCCUGCCACUGUCCACAGACCACCAGCUCCCUGAGCUCUUCCACCGUGAGGGGUUCGUGCUGGCGACCCUGCCGGACCGCUUCAAGGGCAGGAUAGAGGCUACCCUCCCCGAGGGGGCCGACAUCAACCAUUGGAAGCAAGUUCUCGUGGACGAGGUGAAGGAGCUCGUGGUGCCCGAGUACUCCUGCCGCCCUCCCCUUCCCUGCAGGGCCCCACUGCUGUGCGUGUGGACACCCCUGAGCCGCGCAGGAGCCAGGAGCCCUGGGGCCGCAGGGAAGGGCCGGGAAGCGCCCGAGCAGAGAAGCAGGACCUCUGGGUCCUUGCUGCUGGGCCAGAGGGAGAGGAGCCUCCCGGAGCAGGUGGAGAGCGGGGGGCUGCUGGUCUCGGAGAGGAGCGGCGCUUCCCUCUCCACGGAGAGCCACCUGGCCAGCGUCAUCCGCAAGAAGUACCUGCGUGAGAACGAGACAGUGGGUGCCCAGGAAGACCCUGCUUACCGGCAGAAGCGGCGGGACGUCUGGCCAGACCUGGCGAGACUGGCCACCAUGUGUCUAUCCUGCCCCCUGAUGGGCGCCUUCUCUGCAGGUGUCUUUGCCUCCCUGGGCGGCCCCGCCAUCGUGGGGCAUGACGCCCCUCUCCCAGUGGCGACGGCUGCGCGUCUUCUCUUCUUGAAGACCAACCUGGGGCAUUUCCCGAGCUAUGCCCCCGCCCCUCAUCUUCCCCAGCAGAGCACUGCCGAGCUGCUCUGCAGCCUGGCGCUGGAGGCGCAGACCGGUGAGUCUGACCGCAGGGUCCGAUGCCCUGAAGAGCUGCCUGUGGGAAGUCUGCGUAGAUGACGGGAGGGGGCACAGUGCCGCGUCCUAGGACAUUAGACAGGGACAGCCGGGCUCCAAACCUUGUUUGAAAAGAAUGAGGACAGUUUCUCAGUUCUUGACAGAUUGUCAUUUUCGUUUGCGCGGAGAUGUCAUCUUCAUCUGCCCACUGCUGGAGUCACUGCCGGCGGUACGUGCGCGGGAGGGUGGGCUCUGGUCAUCGGUGACUCUGAGUUGUACCACACAGCGUAGGGACCGCGGUGCUCCUUUAAAGCGUCGGUGGGCAAGGGGCCCUACACGCGGCUUGUCCGUGUGUGUCGGGGCGGCAGGCCCUCAAGGUCUGCGUUCUCAGAGAGGAACCAGGCGCCGUGCGGGAUAUCCUCAGCCACCUAGGGCCUGGGUAAGCCGUGGACACUCUUCCUGGAAAGGAAAGAAACCCUAAUAUGAUAGAGUAGCCACUUUAAGAGGGAGGUGCCCACACGCACACCAGUCUUCUUAGGGUCUGUACUUUGCCGUGGAUCCCGGGGUUCCCAAGAGCCCUGGUGGAGGGCACCGCCCAGCUCCUGCGGGCGUGUGAUCGAGGAGAGCUGGCACGCCCAGUCAUCACGUGGCCAUUGUCACCUGUAGUUUGUUUCCAGACUCCUGGAAGCCUUGGGGUUUCUUCUUUCUACAGUGAAAGCAGUCUCAGGAAGCAAAAAAGGGCAUGUAUCCCAGUGACAGACCGGCCUGAGUUCCUUUAGGGUCGAGUGCAGGACCUGAGGGCAUGGGGCCCAGGCGCUGGUGGGAUGGGUGGGAAAAGAAGGAAGGGCGAGGCCGGAGUGUUUGGGGCGGGGCCCGUCCCACCCACAAGACACAAGUCCAGCUCUGCUGAGGUGCUGGGCCGCUGGGAGAGGGACUCUGAGAAGGAAGAGGGGGUGUAGAGGCACCAAGGCCUAACUUGCACUUUGGCCCUGGCUGUGGGGUUGAGUCCGGGAGCCUGUCCCCUCGCUUCCCCUGUGUCACUGUGACUAAUUCACUGUAGGACAUUCGGAAGUUACUGAGAAUGUAAGGAAGCAGGAAAAAUUCACCGUAAUCCUUUCACUCAGCCUCUGUUGAAAACUUUGACAUGUUUCCUUUUUUAUCUUGAGAUCAUACCCUCUGUGCUAGUUAGUGUGCUGUAUUUUCAGUUGAACAGUGUAACAUGGCAUUUUCUUGAAUAAAGCUUCAUACAGAUUGUG